AUGAAGGGGGGGGAGGAAAGUUUGGAUAGUAAUGUAGAUAGUCAACCUUUGAGACCGCCAACUGUACGUCGUCGUAAAAACCCUGCAGAAGUGUUAGCUGCUGGAGAAACAGUCAAAGAUGCUCUGUCUACACUAAAAGAAACUAUGAACAAUCGACGAAUUCAAGAAGAUGAUGAAUGUGACUUACAUGGAAAAAUUAUAGCUAAAAAGUUAAAAAAAUUACCCGAUAAUGAACGAAUGCGGUUUGUGUGUGACAUAUAUAACAUGUUUUUGCACCAUGAACAAGUUACUACAGUAUUAUCUUCGUCAUCUGUUGGAUCACCGUCUCCGGCACAUACUACGGCGUACUCGGAACCAUCUACAUCAUACCAGAGAGCAGGAACUUCACAUAGCAGUUACUCUGAGCCACCAAUUUAUUAUUCGCCACCAUCACAAAUUCACAUUCACGAUGAAACCUCUACCCUUGCGGCUUCAAGGGUUAUCAUAACUUCAAAUGCACUUAUCCAGCCAGCUACUCAAGAAUCCACAAACUAUGUUCAAAAUAUGAUUGAUGAUGCUUUCAAUUGCGCU